GUCGCACCCAAGUUCGCGGCACCACCAGCUCCCAUCCAUGGCAAUCCCAGACGCCGCCGCCGGUGGGCAACCGUUCUGCCGCUCCGUCGCUGGGACGGAGAGUGGGGAGCCCAGCUCGAUUUCCCGCGAUAACUUCCGAGGUCGCCAUUUUCCAUGACCCAAGUUUACUUGCUGCUGUACUGCCCUUCUUCUUCCGUUGUUCAUCUCCCAACCUGAAUCUGCUUGCACCCGUGCUGUUGUGAAUAGCCUCAGUCAGUCUCCGACUUCGAGUUCUGUUCUCCGUUGGACCUCACCUCACCUCACCCUGCCCUGCCUCUUCUGUCGCCCUCCUCAGGCUUGCUCAACCUCCCCCAGACUCUUCUCACACUCGACACCGUCACGAUGGGCUCCAACCCGGGCAUCCUCUAUGUGACCAUGCAGCCCAGGCCGGAGCUGUCGCUGGACCAGUUCCACGAGUGGUACAACAACGAGCACGGCCCCACCCGCCUCCGCCUGCCGCAGAUCUUCACCAACGGCCUGCGCUACGCCGCCACCGACUCGCAGGAGCCGCACUUCCUCGCCUCCUACGACGUCACCUCCAUGUCCCACCUCGACACCCCGACCUACCUGACCCUGCGUGCCAACAGGAGCCCCCGCGAGGCAGACACCAUCGGCCAGGUCGCCGUCACCCGCUACUUCUACGACCUCGUCUCCGAGCACAAGGCCCCCGGGUUCCGCCCCAUCGAGUCGCUCACCGAUUCCGAGGCAGAGGGCCAGGUCCUCGUCGCCGUCGAGAACACCGUCACCGCCGUCGAGGGCGCCGAGCAGGAGCUGGACAAGUGGUACGAGGAGGAGCACAUCCCCAUGCUGGCCAAGGUCCCCGGCUGGCUGCGCACCCGCCGCUUCAGGACGGCCACCGCCCUCGACAAGGACGCGCCGCUCAAGUUCCUGAUCCUGCACGAGUACGCCAAGGACAACGGGCUGGGCGGGCCCGAGUACAAGGCCGCCACGAGCACCAAGUGGAGGGAGGACAUCUUCGCCAGGGUCAUCGCCAACAAGCACAGGCGGACAUACUCUCUCUUCUACGUCUUUGGCCCCGCCCCAAGAGACCUCGACCACCUGGCCGCCCUCCCUGCCGCCAAGGCCUUCAUAUCAUCCGACGCAAAGACCAAGACGACGCCCAACGACGGGAAGGCCGUCCUGCAGUCAUAUGUCACCGCCAAGGACGGCCUCAACAUCCCCUACCGCCUCGAGGGCAACACCGACCCCAGGGCCCCCACCGUCGCCUUCUGCAACUCGCUGCUGACCUCCCUGCACAUGUGGGAUGACCUGGUCGACAUCCUGAAGGAGGCCCGCCCCGACCUCCGCAUACUGCGCUAUGACUUCCGAGGGCGCCACUCCGUCCCGGAGCCACCCGUCCCGUCCACCCUCGACACCCUCGCCGACGACCUCGCCACCCUCCUGUCAGGACUCCGGAUAGAGAAGCUGCACGCACUGGUCGGCGUCAGCAUGGGCGGCGCCACCACCCUCAAGUUCUCGCUCAAGUAUCCCGACAGGCUCUCCAAGUUCGUGGCCUGCGACUUCAACGUCGCCAGCUCCGACGCCAACACGCAGGCCUGGAAGGACCGCAUCGCCGUGGCCGAGUCCGUCGGCGAGGACGGCACCCCGGGCAUCAAGAAGCUGGCCGCCGCCACCGUCGCGCGCUGGUUCCACCCGGACACCAUGACGGCCAAGACCAACGUCGCCAGCUGGAUGACCGAGAUGGUCGCCGACAACGACGUCCAGGGCUUCAGGUACGGCUGCCAGGCCCUGUGGGACUACAACAUGCGCGACGAGAUGAAGGGCUGCCGCGUGCCGGGCCUCCUGGUCGUCGGGGAGGGGGACGGCAAGGGCGCGCUGGUCAAGGCCAUGGAGGGGUUCAAGGCCGGCGUCGGCGACAAGGGGCUCGACCUCAAGAUUGUCCCCGAGGCUGGGCAUCUGCCCAUGUGCGAGAACCCUCAGGGGUUCUAUGACGCCGUCAAGGACUUCUUGUAAGGGGCUUCGUCCCCACCAUUGCCGUGACCACGGCGCAGCGUCAGCUGGACAGGCCGGGCCGGACCGGCUCAGGAUGCCAUUCCGAGACGUCGAGCUUUGCCUGACGGCAAACGCUCCGUCCUUGGACGGGGCCGAGGCCAUGAAGCCCGGCCUACACUCGCGCAAGCGACCAGGGCUGAAGCACACCAAGUCGUCGGGACGUCUGUGAUCAGCAUGGCUGAGAUUUAGUGCCUGACCAUCCACACGUGUUGGGUGGUCUAUCUAUUGGUUGCGCACCCUGGGUCAAAUAACCCAGCCCAUACAUAGCCUUGCUUCUAUAGAACAGAUGUACCGCCCAGAACAGAGAAUUGCAUGAAUUUAUGCCGCCA